AUGCCAGCAAACACUCCUCGGCGCGGCGCAGGCGGUAAGACGCCUAAGAAAAAGGGAAAACAGGUGCGGACACCGAGACCGCCAAAGCCGGUAGACUACAGCCAUAUUCCACCACAUCCUGAUACGCUUCCCGUACCAAGCUUCGGCAAUGCUGCUCCUUUCCAAGGACCCCAUAAUGCUACCAUUUCAACACAGCAGCAUGGGCACACUACGGGCCAAGCCGCAGAAAACAAAGAUAACCCCGGAGAAACGACCAUCCCAGCCACCCAGCGGAGCCCACCCCACCCCUUCAUAGAAGACAUAUCCUUCGAAAUGCCCGACAUCUCAAGACUCCGCCUUCAGAAAACCCCCUCGCCUCCCCACGAAGAGCCGCACGGCGCCGACGCCGACGCCACACCGAGAGCGCCCACCGGCGAGGCAGCUCUGCAGCAUGCCAAAGACGAGCCCACCGUGAUCCCUCACAGCAACGGCGCCAACUCCACCCAGCACAUCGACGCCCUUACAAACCUGCCUCCACGGCCACCAGUCUCCCCUAUCACACCAGUCAGUGCGCAACGCCUCCAACCCCCGACAAAUCUCCCCCAGAGGCCCCCAGUCUCCCCCAUCACCCCUCUCGGACCGCAACCCCUCCCCCUUCUAAGCGCCCCGCCCUGCCCGCACCACUGCACCCCCGCCAUCGCCGCAGCCCUCUUCCGCCAAUCCCCACCCAAGAGCGGCCUCCACACCGAAGUCCUGUCGAGCCUAGACCGCGUGGUCGCCCUCGAGGCCCAGAAGCCCACGCAGCGCUCGCUGGUGGAUAUCGCGACGGAUAUGGUCAUCGCGCUGGAAGACGACCGGACUGUCGAGAUCGAGCGGCAGGGGAUGGACCCCGAGGCGGUUGAUGGGCGGAUUGCGUGGGCGCGGUGGGCGGUUAGAGCGGCGCAUGCGGGGCUGUUCCAUGAGUGGACGGAGGAGUGUGGGGGGGUUGUGAGGCAGGUGGAGGGGAGGACGAAGUGGAGGUUGGUGGUGGGGGUGGGGAGGGAGUGAGGACUGAAAGGCAGCGUGGGG